UAGCAGGCGCCGCGGCGCUAUAAGGGGCGGCCGGGUGCGGGCUGCCCUCCCGCGGCGGCCGGGCCGGGGCCGGGGCCGGGGCCGGGCCGGGGGGAGCGGGCGGCGCGGCGUUGCCCUGCCCUGCCCGUCGCGGGCGCCUCUGGGCGGCUGGGGCGCGCUGCGAGGGCGCGGGCGGCCCCGUAUUCCUGCCGAAAUGCGGUGCCCCGCUGUGGCAUGAGCGGCGCCCGCGGCCCCUUGCAGAGGAGCGUCGCCGGGCCCUGCGCUGCCGCUCGGCCGUCGGGCGGGGGGAGAGGCCGCCGCCGCCGCAGCCCUGGAGCCCCGGAGGAAGCUGCUGCGCUGGAGAGCGUGAAACCUCGGUGUGUCCAUGCAGGUUUAACGUGCCGGAAGCAUGGCUACAAGCGCCGUUCCCAGCGAGAACCUCCCCACGUACAAGCUGGUGGUGGUCGGAGAUGGUGGUGUGGGGAAGAGCGCUCUCACCAUUCAGUUUUUCCAGAAGAUUUUUGUGCCAGAUUAUGACCCGACUAUUGAAGAUUCCUACCUGAAACACACUGAAAUAGACGGGCAGUGGGCAAUUCUUGAUGUUCUAGAUACUGCAGGCCAAGAGGAGUUCAGCGCAAUGCGGGAGCAGUACAUGAGGACAGGAGAUGGCUUCCUCAUAGUCUACUCCGUCACAGACAAGGCUAGCUUUGAACACGUGGACCGGUUCCAUCAGCUGAUCCUCAGAGUCAAAGACAGAGAGUCCUUCCCAAUGAUUUUGGUGGCAAACAAAGUUGAUCUAAUGCAUUUACGGAAAAUCACCAGAGAGCAGGGAAGAGAAAUGGCAACAAAACAUAAUAUUCCGUAUAUAGAAACAAGUGCCAAGGAUCCACCUCUAAAUGUUGACAAGGCCUUCCAUGAUCUCGUCAGAGUAAUCAGGCAGCAGAUCCCAGAGAAAAGCCAGAAGAAGAAGAAGAAGACCAAGUGGCGCGGGGACAGAGCCUCGGGCUCCCACAAACUGCAGUGCGUGAUCUUGUGACGGUGGGCAGCGCGGGGGGGCCCGGCGCGGCCCCCCUGGCCCCCGGCCCCACGCGAACUGAGCAGCUGCCGCCCCGGCGCGGCCCGCGGGUGCCCCCGGCCAGGACGCGGGACCCGGAGGCGGCCGCCCCCAGCGCGGCCCCGGCGGCGGCGGCAGCACCCGCCCGCGUAGGCCCGGCUCCUUUCCGCGGCCUCUGUGGUGUUUGUUUAAAAAAAAGAAAAAAAGAAAAAAAAAAAAAGUAAGUAGUGGGUUUAUCUGCAAACGAUUCUCCAUGUGACCCGUUUAGAAGCAGCCGUGAAUGGCCCCCCUGUUUGGUACCGUCGUGUGUGGAUGUGUGGGGGAAGGGAAAGGGCUUUUCUUUCUCUCUUUUUCUUUUAUUUUUUUCUCCCCCUGCUGCUCUCACCCCUCCGUUUUUUCGUUGUUUGCUCAGUGAGCAUUGGGUUGGGGAGAAACACGGCUGGGGUUGGGUUUUUUGCACUGAACUCUCUCUUACGCGGCAGUGCCAAAACACGACUUCAUACGAAAGUGCAUAGAUUUGAAGGAAGAAAAUGAAUCCCAGCUGCUCUGGGUGCUCCAGACAUUGUGUCAGACUCUGGAGGGCAGCCAGCUCGCAGACCAGAAACUCCGGCGUGGAGAAGGAGCUUCGGGCUUGGUUUGGUUUUGUUUUUUGUUUUUUUCCCCUUUGUUCAGAGGUUUUGUUUCUGUUUUGUAAUUUGAGGCAUGUCAAAAUUAAGACAUUUUGUUAACCUGGAAGUAUUUAAAUUAAAAUAAUUUACAAAUGGAA